UGGCGAAACCACGCCCCUCGUAUUGGUGGGAAUUAUUUACAUGUUGAGCCUCAAAAUACAGUAAGACAUGAAGACAAGCGGUGGUGGCUAUCACACACCAUUUGAACUGACCACCUAAGAAUUGUAAUGUCCUUAUAUUCAGACUCAGGCGGACGUAUGACUCUCAGAUGUAAAUUCUGUGAGGUGGAGCAGCAGGGAGAGACCCAGGGGAGACUAGCGACAGGUAUCGUGGACGAUACUAUUCACAUACCUUUACCAUCGGAUGUGCAAUAUAGCUCCGGUGAGUUUGAGGUGCCUCGGCCAAAUGUCUUACUUAGUAAUGAUAGAUCCUGUGGAUCCAACGCUGAAGCUGAGGAUUUCAUCCUACAUGCUCAGUUUAUGAGCUCUGUAUACCCGAAAAGCAGGUCGUGCUGCCUUAAGGAUUAUUAUCCACACAGUACUGAUGAAGAACAUGCGUGCAUGCAGAUGGGGAAAAGUUUACACGCGUGCGAUAGUUAUCAAAGUUUUCCUCAAACUCAUGGGAGAUGUUUAAUAAAACUUCGGUCAGAGGACACGGGGGGUGGAGAUAACGGAUUCGACUGGAUGAAAACAAAAAGAAACAAUUCAAAAAGAUUCUCGCUUGCUUGCGGCCUGAAUACCGCAACAGCUCGCACCAUCUUCACUACCAGACAGGUGACAGAACUGGAGAAGGAGUUUCACUUCAAUAAGUACAUCGGCAGGCACAGAAGAGCCGAGAUGGCGAGCGCGCUGCAUCUAAGCGAUUUGCAAGUAAAAAUCUGGUUCCAGAAUAGAAGAAUGAAGCAGAAGAAGCGGGAGAAGGAGGAGGCCCUUAUCCGAAUUACUCGCACUACGGAACUGCACUCUUCCUCCACAGGCUCCCAGCCUACUCACUUUCACAGCCACUCCUGCUAUCAUAACAGUGCCUCUACAUAGCCUGUAUGUGCCAAAUGACCAAUGGUGUUCAGCAGAUUGUUUGCACUAUUUCUAACUAAACCGAUAAAUAAUUCUACAUUUUAAUUUGUAUUGAUAAACUCUCAAAAGCAAGGCCUUAUACCUAAUUGGCCAUACAAUUAAUAGAAUUUAGAUUUCAGUGCCUUUAAAGCCUAAUAUUUUACCUGUAAUGUAUUUUUAAAUGUACUUUUUAUUAUGUAAAUGUCCUCAUCACUAAAAAAGAUAGUGUCUUGUCUCUGUUUAGAUUAUUAACAUGCAAUAUAUCAUU